GUUGACUCCCAUCUCCGCUCAUUGAACCUCGCCAUCGCCUGCAAAAUGUUGUCCGGUCGCAUCGCUGCUCGCGCCGCCCGCGUGGCCGCUCCUCGCGCUCCCAUUGCCACCAGAUCCUACGCCGCCGCCGCCUCGGCCUCGUCGGCUGCCUCCAAGCCUCCGGUCGCUCUCUUCGGCCUCGACGGUACCUACGCCAGCGCCCUCUACACCGCCGCUGUCAAGACCGAGUCUCUGGAUUCCACCGCCAAGGGUCUCGAGAACCUCGCCGCCACCUUCAAGAGAGACACUCAGCUCAAGACCAUCCUCGAGGCCCCCACUCUUACCGCCGCCGACAAGUCGCAGAUCAUUGCCGAGAUCCAGAAGUCCCUCGGUGUCCAGGACAAGAACAACACCAUCAAGAACUUCCUCGAGGCUUUGGCAGAGAACAACAGACUCAACCAGCUUGAGGGUGUUGCCGAGAAGUUCGGUACCCUCAUGAGCGCCGCCCGUGGUGAGGUUGAGUUGACUGUCGUCAGCGCUGCUGUCCUCCGUCAGCUCGAGAACUCGGUUUCCAAGUCCUCAUACGUCGGUCAGGGCAAGAAGCUCAAGGUUGUCUCCAAGGUCAACCCCGACAUCCGCGGUGGACUCAUUGUCGAGAUUGGCGACCGCACCAUCGACCUCAGCGUUUCAUCCAAGAUCGCCAAGAUGAACAAGCUCCUCAGAGACACUUUGUAA